UUUAAACAUUGUUAUUUGAUUAUUAGACACAUAAUCAAAAGCUUUCAACAUGUUUAAAUUUGUUAUCGUCUUGCUAGCGGCCGUUUUGGCUAUUUCCGUGGCUGCUCCUGCUGCUUCUCCUCUUGUAACCUCUGUCGUUACACCUGGAGUUUAUUCGUCUGUUGUUGCCCCGUCUGUUUAUUCUACAGGAAUAGUUUCUUCUUUGGGAUAUGCUGCUCCCAUAGCUUAUUUUUAAUGUGUUUGAGUAAAGCGGUCAAUAAGUUUAAUACCUAAGAAUGUUUGCAAUCGUAAUUCAAAAUAAAAAUUUCAUGAAAACAA